AUGCAUCUCACACAAACCAACUACGAGGAGGUCGAAUCAGACUCUCAGAAUGUACCGCCUACAACGUUCAACACCUACUUUCAUACCGUCGAAGAAAUUCCAGCACAUGAGAGCACGAAUCAUCUUUCACGUCCAUCAGAAGCACCUUACUCCUUCGAGCGAUGGCUACCCCUGGUUCUAAGAACACGAAACCUCGAUGCAAAAGCUGCACAAGUUGUCAAGCUUACACGAGCAGAGGGCAGGCUCGUCGUAGCAGCAUCAGGCACCUCGAUCAUCACUAGGGAACACAACCGAGCAUAUCAAGAAGACAUCCAGGAAGAAAUCAUCCCGCAUCUAUCGUCUCUCGACUUCCCUGCCGAAGGUCUCUUCAUGCGUUUGGAUCGUUGUUCACCUAAAGAUGGUCGCCAAGCCGUACCGGCGAGCACGUAA